CUUUGCGAAAGGGGGCGCAUGAAAAAAAUUAUUACCGUUGCCUUGAAUUUCUGCAACGGGACUCACCUCAUAGAAGCUGGAUAACAUGGCAGCAGCUUUGUCUCGAGCUCUGAAAUUGCCUGGAAAGAAGAGUUCGGAACUGGGAGAGUAUGACCCGCUCACCCAAGCAGAUAGCGAGGACGAGAGCGAGGAAGAUGACCUCGUCCUCAAUUACCCUCGCAACGGCCUGGGAAGGGGUAGCUGUUUAGGAGCAGGGGCAUCAGACCUGCGGACCGGUAGGGCAGGGAGGCUGGUGGAAGACGAUGAUGAAGUGGAAGAGGAUGAGGAGGAAUGGAGGGAGCAGUACCCAAGUAAAAACAGACAGGAGAGAGAGGAGCUGAAGACCAGGCAGUACUGGAGUCAGAGGGAGGGCAGUAGGGAUGUAGGGAGCGAUGGUGGAGGGGGUACUGGGUCUACAGGGAGCUCCGGUCUUGGUUCUGGUACGGAUCUGGAGGAGAAGGCAGCCAGGCUGAGGGGGACUGUCCGUACUGCCUUUUUCCUGGUGCCGCUGUGCUGUGCCGUGUUGCUGGUGCUCCUGUGUGCGUUUCUAUUGCCCUGCAAACAAAGUGAACUGGACAAAAGUCCUCAGUGGGAGAGAGAACUCGGUGAAGCCGGAGGAGGGUUCUUCCCCUCUCUAGCACUUUGGGAUGUAGAUGGUGAUGCCGUUGAAGAUGUGCUAGUUGGAGUCACUCAGCAGACCAAUGAAAGCCAGCCUGCAGGUUUUCAGGUCAACAGCAAAGAGUACAGUGUCGUGGCCAUCUCUGCGGCCAGUGGGAAGCAGCUGUGGAAGACGGUGGUGAAGGAGCCAGUGAAGUCCAUCCAGUGUGGGCACCAGCCGCAGCCUCGCCCUGUCCGGGGGGGAACCCGGGCCUUCCUGGAGGGCUCGCUGGGCCCGGAGGGGGGGUCUGCGGCCCACAGCCAGAAGCCCCUUUGCCUCGUCAUCGGAUCGUCCCACCUCAUGGCGGUCAGCGGAACCACUGGAAAGGAGCUGUGGUCAGCAUCACCAGGCAAGAUAGUGUCCCAGGCAGUAUUAAUACUGGACCUGGAUGGGGAUGAGGUCCCAGACUUCCUGAUUGCCACUCUGCCAGUUGACCAGGUCUCGUCUUCCUUUGGUCUUUCUCUGCUCCUGCUAUCAGGAGUGCUUGGCAAUCAAAUCGGACACUCUGUAACCUUUAACCUCACAGCUCGGGGGAAGCUGAUCGGGCCAGAUUUGCAUGUGACCGGCUUGGGGGCGUACUAUAUUCUCUUUGGACUUGGCACUGUGGAGGCAGCCUCUCUGAAAGACAUUUACAUUCAGGCGACAGGCAGGGCACCAACUAAAAUUGGUGCCCUGAAAGUGAAAGACCCCAGCUGGGAAAAGCUGAGAAAAAACUCUUCUCUCAUACACAUCUCCAGUAGCUGUGAGCAAGUUGAGUUCUUGCUCCCUCUUGUGGCUGGGUUGUGCAACAACCACAACAACUUCGACUUGGUUUCCAACCUGAACUCCAGCCGCAGUGACUGGGCGCUGGUGUGUGGGUCGAGUAAACUGUCGGUGCUGAGGGAGAGCGACACACAUACCGAGUGGACCGCAGACUCUACAGACGUACAUGGUCGUCCUGCGCCAGGUCAGUUCAAUGAAGAUGGUGUUCCAGACCUCCUCGUCCAGCAAUCUGUCGCUCCCGGAGUGAGAAAGGUCCAGGUGAUUGAUGGUGCGAAUGGGCGAGGUCUGUGGGAGGCGGAGUUUGUCUGCCCACAGCUGGAUUUAGAGGGCUCUUCCAUGGCGACUUCCACUGGGAUCUCAGUUUUCCUCUUCUGGGCUGGAGAGCUGCAGACACUCAAGAACCUCACCAAAGCUCCUGUUUCUCAAGGCGUGGCUCCAACUGUGGAUCCUGCUAGCCCAGUCCUCCGAAGGCUGUACUUGUUGCACCCUGCCUAUCCCACAAUCCUCAUGGAGCUUACAACCACCACAGACACUCUGCUCUCUGCUGCAGUCAGCUACCAGGAGCAGCAGAAAGAUGCUUCAUACAUCACCGUCUCUGCUCGGCCUGCCAAGCCAGGGGUUCAGGUGCUCAGGAGCCAGAGCUUGAGGGCCUCCAUUGCUGGGGCGAACAUUGUGAGGCUGGGUGAGGACAAACAAUCUGGAGCAUCGGUCAGGCCUGGAGCCUUUGAGAUCAACAAGUUCUUCAGAAAUCUGUCCUUUAGACAGCAGUGAGCAGAGAACAUUACGCCACACUAGCUGGCCAAAGGAAACUUGAGAAGAGCGUCUCCAUGGGAACACCAGAAAUAGUAAACCACAUUCGGUCCCGUUCAGCAAAGGAGACUGUUACCUUUCCAUUCUAUUUAUUUAUUUAUUUAUUUUUAUCCAUAAAAUGUGAUUGAAUUGAAUUAGUAGUAAUAUUUUGUGGGAAAUCUGGAUUCUGGAAAGAAUAAUUCCAUUUUAUUUUACGAAAUGCCUGUGUUGGUGUAUUUUUUAAAUUUAUUUGUUGCAUCUAAAUUGAUUUACUUUAUGCAGGAAAUGCACUAUUGCACAAACCCUGGGCAAAGUAUUCUGCACGCACGCACACACGUACACACAAGAACAAACUGCAAGCAUAAGCUAACCCACUGUUCCAUUUGCAGUAAAAUAGUGUCAUCCAGUUUGCCCUGAUAUUAGGCACAUUUUCUCAGACUAGAAACAUGCAGUUACUGACCGUCAAGGCACAUUACCCCAGUUGGCCUUGCACUUAACAGCCUACAAAUAGUUAUGUGGUAGGCAUCUCCCCUGUGCUAUUUGGUAUGGGAGGAUAACUGAUGGGGUGUCUAGAUAUUUGUAUUGCUGUACAGUAUUCAUUGAUUUGUCUGAUUUACUUAAAAUGCUAUUAUUCCCUUGGACUAGCAAAUAACAAUAGUUUCUGGAAUAUUUAAGAGAAUAUUGCAUUGCCUGUUUGUAUUGUAUGUUGAUAUGUUCUGUAAAUAUGACUGAAGGUACUUGUAAAUAACACGGACAUUACAGUGCUGGAGUAAACUUACACAGUAUUACAAAAUUACAAAACAAUAAAGAAUAUUUUAAAACGCUAAAA